AUGAAAGCCACACUGCCAGAUGUCUCCUGCUUCAAGCUGCAUGGGAAUGGCUGUUCUCAAGGGGGGAUAUCCGAGCCAGCUUCCUUAGAAAGCAAUGGCCUGUCCACGCCUCCUCCUGAAAGUAGUUCAGAGGAGUGCCGACCUGAAGGCGACAAUGUGAGCAAGAAGUCUUUUCACGCACAUGCAUAUGACCCUAUCAUUGCGGUUAUUGGCGUUGGCUAUAUCGGCCUCGAGCUUGUAUCUGCGUUCGCCAGGGUGUACAACAACGUCAUCGCCUUUGAUAUCAACAGUCAGCGCAUCGAAGAGAUCCGCGCGGAUUUAACCAACAAAAAUGUAAAAGCGACAAGCAACCCUUCCGAUAUUGCCAUGGCUACACACUUCUUGAUAUGUGUCCCCACCACACUCCAUCACGGCUGUAUUGAUACGACACCCUUGCAGAGCGCAAUUAGCAUACUGUCGGAAUAUGCCCGUCCCGGAUCAACGGUGGUUAUCGAAAGCUCAGUCGCUGUGGGCAUGACACGACAGCUGCUGAAAGAUGUUAUGAGAUCGUGUGGCCUCAUGGCUGGCAUGUCUCCGGAGCGAGUCGAUCCAGGUCGAAUCUCCCCUGCAUUUGAAGAUAUCCCCAAAGUCGUCUCUGGUUUGGAUGAUAUCGCACCUGGAUCGUUAAAAAGCAUAGAAAAUUUGUACGAGAAAGUUUUCCGUGAUCUAGUUCCAGUCUCGUGUCCCGAGGUGGCAGAGAUGACGAAGUUGUACGAGAACUGUCAACGCAUGGUUUGCAUUGCCUAUGCAAAUGAGAUGGCAGAUGCAUGCCAAUCCAUCGGCAUAAGCGCUAUGGAGGUUUUCACGGCAGCGGCCACAAAGCCGUUUGGGUAUCAAUCGUAUUUCCCGGGACUGGGGGUUGGCGGAAAUUGUAUCCCUGUGAAUCCAUAUUACCUCCUGUCUACCUCUAAGCUUCCUCUGCUGCAGGCAGCCACGGAGGAAAUGACCAAGCGCCCCAAAAAACUGGGAAACCGAGUGAUGAAGAAGUUUUACUGUAAUCAAGCCUCCAGCACAACGCCACGGGUUGCACAGGCCCGAGUCCUUGUCGUUGGUGUAGGGUUCAAGCGUGGACAAUCCGUUCUCAGCAACUCUCCUGGACUUGCACUUAUCCAGCAUUUGAGGCAUGAAUGGGAGGCAUACGUCGAAUACGCCGAUCCUCUGGUUUCGCAGGAAGCGUUGCCAUUCAUUCCAAAACUAGAUGAAGUGAGGCGAUGGAAUGAAAAGUCGUUAACAGAAGAAUUCGACAUCGUUCUAGUCGCGGUUGACCAGCCGGGGCUGGAUCUCACGGUUCUACGAAAGUUGGAUGGGGUUUUGGUCGAGAAUUUCACGUCUUCCGUGGCGGCCGGGUGGUCCCAAUAG